UUGUUUUAGGAUCCCUACCCGACUGUCGUCAAGCUGUUUAAGGACCCCAGGAUGUCCAUGCUUGCCGAGCCCCGGAGGAAACAGAAGUGGUCUGUCGACCCCAGGAACAGCGCCUGGAGUAAAGAUGACUCCAAAUUUGGCCAGAAGAUGCUGGAGCGAAUGGGCUGGUCAAAGGGCAAGGGCCUGGGCAGAACUGAGCAAGGCUCCACCGAUCACAUCAAAGUGAAGGUUAAGAACGACAACUAUGGUCUGGGAACCAAUCCCAGCCAUGAGGACAACUGGAUCGCACACCAAGAUGAUUUCAAUGAGCUUCUUGCUGAACUGAACAACCAUCAUGGCCAAAACAACAACAAAAACACUGAAACUCCACCAGAAGAGAAGAAAGGCUUCAGCUUGGAAGAGAAAUCCAAGGGUUCCAGAAAGAGGGUCCAUUACAUGAAGUUCACUAAAGGGAAGGAUCUGUCAUCUCGUACUGAAACUGACCUCAACUGCAUUUUUGGGAAGAGAGCAAAAUCUGCCAAAGAGCAAGAGCAGGAGAGCAACAGCGGUGAUUCUCAGGGUGAGACAGUGGAGACUUCUGCUACUACUAAAUUGGAUACAGAGUCUAUCGCCCAUACUGUGACCAGCACGCUCAGUAUGCAGGAGUAUUUUGCGCAGCGAAUGGCUCAGAUAAAAAAGGCUCGCGGAGAGGCCCAGAGUGCAUCUCCCUCAGUGAGGGCAGAGGCCGACGAGACAGCGGGUCCAUCUGAGGAGCCCAGUCCCAUCCACACCAGCACCGAGGACUCAGAAGAGCCCAAGAAGAAGAAGAAAAAGAAGAAGAAGAAGAGCAAAGAGUCCACAGAUGAGCUGGAAGUGGUGGAAGAGAACAGCACCGCUCCCAUCGUAAUAGAGAAUGAUGAGGAUCAACAGCAGGGGCCUCCAGAGGAGAAGAAGAAGAAGAAGAAGAAGAAGAGCAAAGAGUCUGCAGAGGUGCUGGCAGUGACGGAGGAGAACAGCAAUGCUCCCGUCAUAAAAGAGGAUGAUGAGGAUCAACAGCAGGAGUGUCGGGAGAAGAAGAAGAAGAGGAAAAUGGACGAAAACGAAACAGCUACAAAUGAGACCUGUAGCUCCUCCUCUGAGGAGCUGCCUCCGUCCAAGAGGAAGAAGAAGCAUAAAAAACACAACAAGGAAACUGAGCCACUAAAUGGACAUGAGCCAACUGAGGAUCAAACUGUAGAAGCUGAGGUUGUUCAAGAAAAGAAAAAGAAUCACAAAGAAGAGGGGGACGAUGUAGUAAAAGAGGAGGAGGAGGUGGUGGUAGAGAAGAAAUCCAAAAAGGACAAGAAAAAGAAAAGGAAACAUCAAGAAUAACUCAAAAGGACUUGAUACUCAAAUUCUCCUAUUGUCCUUAACAUGAUUAUGGGCCACACAUGUCAUGGAGUCAUUGCCUUUAUGAGCUGCCUUCAUGAAAUGUGUUUUGUAUGUUACAACCUUUAAGGACCAACAUGUUGCAAUAUCGAGGAGAACAGGAAGAAACCUCAAAGCUGCCUGCAAAGCCACUGGGAAACACCGUAGUUGCAGAAGAUGAUAUAAAUACCUAAAUUUAAAGAGUUGAGACAUUGUGGGGAAUUGUUGGUAAAAUAUAUUUGCUGUAUUUCUUAGAAUUUGAUGGUGAAUCAAUACCACUCUAAUGUCCAUACAGUAAAUAAGAAGUUAAAUAGUGUCCCUAAUAAAAUCAACAUGACUUUUUCCCACCAUGAAAGCCAUAAUGUGCUGAUUGGCUGAUGUGUUAGAUGAAGCCAUGCCAGGUGUCUCCAACAUCUAUAUGCUAAUCUAACCAGCUGCUGAACUUCUCUUUUCCUAGUGGUUAAAAAAGGGGCCAGUUGUGAAUUUUCUAAAAUGCCACCAGACAACCAAGGACAACUUUGAUAUUUUGUGUUUUGCCAACAAGGUUAAAAUGCAUUUUUUUCAAUUACCAUCAUUUGUGUCUUAGAAUCGUAUAUGCCUCAGCAUAUUACUACUAUUUAUUGAAGCAGUAUUUCACACAUCUUUGUCCAGUUCGUCAGACACUGGAUGUAUCUUCUUAUGAAAUGAUUCUUCAGAUUGUUCAUUCGAGUGACCCCAGAGACUGUUUUUGUCAUUUUGUAAAAAAACAGAAGUAAACAUAUUUGUAGUUUCUCUGACGUCUUAUGAUUUGACAAUUGUGAAUGGAUGUUGAUGUCAUGACGCUUCGGUGGAAAUCUUAAAAAUCUCAUCUGACACUUUCAUGAGCUGUAAGAAAACAAACAGUUUUUUUAACAGAAUCAAUUAAUAUUUUUUUUUUAAAUAAAUCCAAAUAUUCAUGAG